AUGUCGGAGGUGACGGACAAGACAGUGGAGUUUUUGCUGCGCCACAGUGCCUCGCGUCGGCCACCGGACAUUGGCUCACUUAAAGAAAAAGCAUUUGAGCGUGUCAACUGGCGCGACGCAUUUGAUAGGUUCCAAGAGACUGAGCGGCUGACGCUCUGGGAGACGAAGAGUGAGCUAGAUGGCGUUGAUGAGGGCGCGUAUCGUGUCGCCCGUGACGCUUUAUUUCCUUUUGCCGUGAGCGGAAGCCAAGGCGCUGUUUCCUUUGGAAACCGUGCCGGCCACAAACUCCGCGAGGUGAUGGAGGCGACCGGCGUUUGGGAGCACCUCCAGCGAGAGACAAGUGGACAGAAGGGUGCUGUUGUCUUUGCGGAUGUGUGCGGUGGACCAGGUGCCUUCUCACAGGCUCUCUUUGAGAUGAGCCGGCAGUAUAAGCUGAGGAUGCGGGGAUUUGGUAUGACGCUGCGCAACGUGAGGGGACUUGACUGGUACUCCAGUCUUCCGCUGGGGAAGUUUCUGCCCACAUACGGCAUUGAUGGUACAGGGGAUAUCUUUAAUUUGGCAAACAUUGAAGCACUUCUUUCUUUAACUAUUAGAGAAAGGCUGAAGCUUGUCGUGGCGGAUGGUGGCUUUAACGUCCCUUUCAAUAUUGCGAACUACCAGGAGACCCUGUCGGGCAGGAUUCUCUUCGGACAGUGGUUGGCGGCGUUGAAGCUUCUCAGGCCAGGAGGCUGUUUUAUUUUGAAACUAUUUGACACAUUUUCUCCGCUUUCACGAGCUCUUCUCUAUCUUUCCACUUAUCUUUAUGACCGCGUUCAUGUAGUUAAACCUCGUCACAGCCGUGUUGUGAAUAGCGAGAGAUAUUUGGUGUGUCUUGGCUUUCUCGGCACCCCGGGGCCAUGGAUGGAGUAUUUCGAGCACUGCUAUCAAGUCGGCUUUAGUGACAAUGACUCCAUUCCAAAAAUUAUGCCCACCUCAUGGGUAAUGGAGGACAAGACAUUUAUGAAGGAUCUGAAACAGAUGAACAGCACAAUUGCGUCGAACCAAACGUUGGCCCUGAAAAUGGUUCUGGCAAAGUUGCAGCCUUCUUGA